GAGGAACUAAAAGCUGGUGAAGAAGUUGCAACGUGCCCAAGUUGUUCGCUAAUAGUGAAAGUUAUUUAUGAUCCGGAAAGUUUUCAGGAAGAGGAAGAGAAAGAAUCUGGUUCCAACAAAGAAAAACUGAGGGCCACUGCACAAUAGUAACAACAGGAUGGCUGGUCGAGGUAGAGGAGGUGGUCGUGGUAGGGGGCGGGCUUCCAUGUCCUUUAAUGUGGAACAGCUUGGGUUCACUGCAGGAGAGGCUCUGCCAGGACCAGUUCUACAACCUCCUCCUAUUUACCCACCAAUGGAGAACAAACCUGUACCUCUCCAAACUGGUGUUGAGGGGGAGUACAUGUUGGCACUGAAGCGAGACUUCGUAGAGUUCCUACGAGAGUCACCAGCAUUUAUCACACCCACUGCAGCAAAGGCUGACAUUGAGCGGUACUCAGACCGCUACCAAGUAGCCCUGGCAAAGAAGAGUCAUGGAGAGCUCAAGUUUGAUUGGGCACGAUUCCCCCCAGAGCUGAGGCCACAAACAAAGAUCACUGGCAAACGGAAGCAGCAGCCGGCAAAAUCCACGGAAAAACAAGCUAAAAUCAUCAGGAAAUCUGUGGACAUAGUUGGCAGACUGGACGAGUUGGAGAAGAAGGAAGAACAGCAGAGUGACACAGAAGGAGGAGGUGAUGAAGCAGAGGGGAAGGAAGAUGAGGAGAAGGAAGAUGGUGAAGAAGGAGUGAUGGAAGACAUGGAGGAUGACCCAGAUGAGGAGAUGGAUGAGGGGACUGACUACAUCAACAACUACUUUGACAAUGGAGAGAACUACCUUGAUGAGGAGGAUGACAACCUGGAUGAUGGCCCCAUAUACUGAUAUCAGUUCCCACUUACAGAACAUGGCUGCUUUGCACUCUAUAUCUUCACAAACAUCUGCACAUCAUCAUAUCUAUCCUACAACCUUUCUGAUUACACAUGCUUAUUCAGUUUCCUUCUACCUACAUUAGUCACGCAUACAAAUGUUUAUGCGUAAAGAACUGUCCUUUGUAAAAGUAUUCAGAUUACUUACAUUUGAACAGUAAUAAAGAUGGACUGUAUGCAACCUUGUAUGAGUCAUUUGUAAACUGGAGCUGUGUAUGUAUUUAUUUAGCUGAUCCAUACACACACAUUUCUGUGGAAUUUGUUGCAAAGAUAACAUUGCAUUCAGUUGAAUGAAUAACAUAAUGAAAGUUGUGUGAUGGGAGAGAAAUAGCCAGCUUCAAGUGGUCAUCAUUCAGUCGAGGAAAGCACAAAUUCAAUGGGAUACUUCAACAUUAUAUGUAGAAGUUAGUCUUAAUACAGAGGACAUGUGGAUAAAUUGUAUUUAUUUUUAUAUAAAUAAAGCUGUAAUGGUUAUACUGUGAGCUUAAUAGGCCCAGUCCUCUAAAAGAAAGAAGCCUGAAAUAAAAAUGUAAUUUGACAGUUUCAUCUA